AUGGCCUCCAAUCCUUUAAACAUGUCGAGGUUUACUCUUGCUACACUUUGUAUCGAAGACAAGCCUGUCGCAGCCAUCGGGGUUGAUGACAAUUUCUACUUGCUUUCUGAUUCACUUCCUUCGUUCAAGUAUACAACGGUCAAAGACAUUUUGGGAUCAUGGCCAGACACUUUACCAAUACUGGAAGAAUUUGCCCAGAACAUUAGAACGGAUCAGAAUGUGUCGUGUGGAAGCCUAAUCAACUUGGACAAUGCCCAGCUCCUCACUCCCAUCAUGUACCCCAACAAACUGGUCGCAGUUGGUGCAAAUUACACUGGCCAUCUUAAGGAAAUGGGUCUAACUGCAGAAAAGUGGGCGAGCAUGCCGUUCUUCAUCAGACCUCCGACUACGAGUCUUGUCGGACCAGGAAAGACUGUCAGAAUCCCCAGAUCUACGAAACAAUUCGACUGGGAGUGUGAGUUGGCCGUGGUAGUGGGCAAGAAGCUGAGACAUGCCAGCCGGGAAGAAGCAGCCGAGGGUAUCGCUGGCUACAGUAUCGGACUGGAUCUCUCGUGCAGAGAUUUAAUUCCAGCUGGCAACGAGCUGCAAGUCGAUCUCAUGCGCGGAAAAGCACAAGAUACCAUGGCGCCCUGUGGGCCAUUUAUUGUGCCGGCCAAGUUCCUACCUGAUACAGCCGACUUACGCAUCCGACUAUCCGUCAACGAUAAGCCCAUGAUGGAUGCGUCUACUAGUGAAAUGCUGUACAAGUGUGACGAGCAGCUGAGCAUUAUCAGCAGUUACAUGACUCUCGAACCGGGCGACAUUGUGUUUACCGGAUCCCCAUCAGGGUCAGCACAUGUACAUGGGGAUUGUUGGCUGAAGCCAGGCGAUCACAUCUUGGCGGAAAUCGAAGGGAUAGGGCGGCUUGAUGUGACAAUGAUUCCGGACGAUGAGAGUUGA